ACAAUCGGAUACCUACAGUAGAAAAGAUAACAAUGUCGGAGACUGACAAAAGUGAGAAUAUGAGCUCCAGCGAAUUAAAAGAGAUGAGCCAUGGAGAUAAAGAUGGUCUAAACGAAAAAGGACACGCUAAGGCCGAAGCAGAGCAUGAGCACGUUGGAAGUAAAAAACGGGUGAAGACGGGACGCAUCGCCAAGGCCAGGGUAAAGGGCGCCAAAAGGAGAACGCAAAAGACGGGUAAAGGUUCAGCUGUAAGGAGCAAGGCCAGAUAUGGCGAAACCAAAAGGAAAGCCCCUAGGGGCAGGGCUACAGCAGCUAAACGACGUAGCAAGAAGGGGGUUGCUAAAAUGGCCAACGGCAAACAAUCGAAAAUGGGUGCAGUUAGAGGUAUCUCGAGAAAUGAAAUUCGCCGUUUAGCUGAAAAGGCUGGCGUGAAGCGCGCGUCAUCAGCGGUCGCUGAAGAAGGUCGAAAAGCUCUUAAGGCCUACCUAAUGGAUGUUGUCCGUGAUACGGUGGCAAAGGCCGGUGAAUCGAAGAGAAACACGAUACAAGCAGAAGAUGUAACGGACGUUAUUCAGCAGAGAAAUACUGCUAAGGCCUAAAGAGUUCAUAGCUACCAAAUUUUAUCAAGGUUUUUCAUUUAACAAUAAUAAGACUAGCGGAGUCAUUUGCGGUCGACUUGUUGAUAAAUGCAAGUUAGAGUGAAUUUGACUGAUAAAUGCAAGUUAGAGUGAAUUUGACGGAUAAUUUGUUAAUUACCAUUGGUUUACCAUGCUUCUGAUACGAAAGAAAUCAACGGAUAAUUUGUUAAUUACUAUUGGUAAUUACCGUGCUUCUGAUACGAAAGAAAUCAAGGGAAAAAGUGCGCAGGUCUGCCACUGGGUGAGACACAGUAAGGAAUUCUUUUAUAGAGUGGGGUGAUGAGGGAUAAUGAGUUGUCUUUUUGUCCUAUCGGCUAAAAAGUAUGAAAUUUUCCCACUGGGUGAGGCACAGUAAGGAAUUUAUAUAUAUAGAGUGGGGUAAUGAGGGAUAAUGAGUGUGUUUUUGUCCUAUGCGUGCGGGCAGUAUUGUCUUACUUAAUAGAAAUUAACAUACGUUUCACAAGAAAGUUUACUCUGCAGCACAAUAUCAAGCGACGACCCCCUGUAACGCACAACUAUUUAAAUUUUUAACUUUAAACUUUGGUGAA